CUCCCAUUUAUCCGCCACGUAGCAUUGCUUUACCUUUUUUUUUCUAGUAUAUCGUGAGCUUGUUAAAGCUUUUUUGUCAGCUUCAAGUUUUUUUUUUUCAGAUUCAAUCAGUGGAAAUGACUUCGACCACUCUAAUCUGCGACACCCAACCAUGGAAGGACCUGAAGGCUCAUGUUGAGGAUAUCAAGAAAACCCAUCUUCGUGAUUUGAUGAACAACAAAGAACGAUGCGAACAGAUGAUGGUGGAGUUUGAUGGGAUGUUUUUGGACUACUCAAGGCAAUGCGCCACUCUUGAUACCAUGGAUAAACUCUAUAAAUUAGCAGAGGCUGCUUCUCUUAAACAACAAAUUAACCGAAUGUAUAGUGGCGAGCACAUAAAUAGCACAGAGGAUAGGUCCGUGCUUCAUGUAGCCCUUCGUGCACCAAGGGACACUGUUAUAAACAGUGAUGGCAAGAAUGUGGUGCCAGAUGUUUGGAAUGUUUUGGAUAAGAUCAAGGAUUUUUCGGAGAAAGUUCGCAGUGGCUCAUGGAAGUCCAUAUAUGAUAGGUUCUUAAAGGGGGCAUCAAGUAUUGAUAAUCAUUUCCGUUCAGCACCUUUUGAGAAGAAUAUACCUAUACUUUUGGGUUUGCUCAGCGUAUGGAACGUUUCAUUUCUUGGUUAUCCUGCAAGAGCUAUUUUACCUUACUCCCAGGCCCUGGAGAAAUUUGCUCCACAUAUUCAACAGGUCAGCAUGGAGAGUAAUGGCAAGGGGGUGUCAAUUGAUGGUGUGCCACUUCCUUACGAGGCUGGUGAAAUUGAUUUCGGUGAACCUGGAACAAAUGGUCAGCACAGCUUUUAUCAACUAAUUCACCAGGGACGUGUAAUUCCGUGUGAUUUCAUUGGUAUUGUGAAGAGCCAGCAGCCUGUGUACCUUAAAGUUGAAGUGGUGAGCAACCAUGAUGAGCUUAUGUCCAACUUUUUCGCACAGCCAGAUGCCCUGGCAUAUGGGAAGACAGCAGACCAGUUGCUGAAGGAGAAUGUUUCGCAGCAUCUUAUUCCUCACAAGACAUUCUCUGGGAAUCGGCCCUCUCUCAGUCUUUUGCUUCCAUCUCUUAAUGCUUACAAUAUUGGGCAGCUUUUGGCAAGCUAUGAACAUAGAGUUGUCGUGGAAGGUUUUGUUUGGGGUAUUAAUUCUUUUGACCAGUGGGGAGUCGAGUUGGGGAAGUCACUAGCUACUCAAGUCCGAAAACAGCUUAACGCAUCACGUACGAAAAGUAAGCCUAUCGAAGGCUUUAAUAUCAGCACUACCAAACUGUUAACAAGAUAUCUACAGGGAAGUUCUGAUAUCCCAGCUGACCCGCCGACUAUCUCGAUCUUGAUGCACCGCAUCGGUGCCUCAUCUUGCUUCAAACUUUUCCCAUGUUAUGAAGGUUUCGUGGUGGUUGAUUUUUGCUAGCGCAUGGAUCCAUUU